GACAUCACAGACAUUAUCACAUUUUCACUGAGUGACAGUGACACCAAGAGGAAACCAUCUGAAGAGUUACAAGCUACUGCCAAACAGUCGUGUACGCAUCGGACCAUUUCAACCCACCAGCAGCAACUCAGACCUGUAUAGCCGCUGCCGGGACUCCGCACCGCAGACGCCCUCGGUGUCGGAAAAUGUGUGUUCUCACUCGGCUGACCUCCAUCCCAGACCAAAAGCCACCGGAGAGAGUGUGCAACUCCUGCCCAUGAGAUGCAUCUCCAAGCGGGGCGUCACGAGCGCAGACGCCCUCCGUCGUGGAUAUGGACAAGGUUUGACCGGGUUUGGCUCGCUGCCAUGACGGUUGUGAUGUGGAUACAGAUGAGACCGUUCCAAGCGUUUCCCACCGCUUCCCUCAGCCACUGUCAGACUCCUACCGGCUGGAACUGCUCUGAUUCAGAGGAGAGAGACUUCCAGUGUGACACAGACUCCUGUCAGUAUGACGGGGAGUGUCUAAAGAUAGCAGAGACCAUGACCUGCGUCUGUGACUUUAAGUGUAGUGCAGAUUAUUCCCCGGUGUGUGGUUCCAACAAUCACAGAUAUCAGAAUGAGUGUUUUCUGAGACGGGAAGCCUGUCAGCUUCAGACGGAGAUACACACUGCAUCUCUGGGUCCUUGUCCUACAGACGCUGGUUCAGGAUCAGGUGAUGGUGGUGAAGGUGUUUCUCUCCCAGAGAGUUCUGGAGAGGCUGGUGUAGGACAGAGGGACUCGUCCUGUGAGAUGUGUCAGUUUGGAUCGGAGUGUGACGAAGACGCAGAAGAUGUAUGGUGUGUGUGUAACAUCGACUGUUCCCACAUCAGUUUCAACCCUGUGUGUGCUUCAGAUGGCCGUUCCUAUGACAACCCCUGUCAGGUAAAGGAGGCUUCGUGUCAGAGACAGGAGAGGAUCGAGGUCACACACCUGGGCCACUGCCACGGGGAGGGGCCGAGGGACCUGUACAUCCCCUGUCCUUCCCGCUACAGGAACUACUGUCUCCAUGGAGACUGCCAAUACCCUGACAACCUAGGCCCGCCCUCCUGUAGCUGUCAUGCAGGGUUCAGCGGGCCCCAGUGUGAGCAGAAGGACUACAACGUUCUGUUUGUGGUUCCAGGAUCUGGAAAGAUCCGCUAUGUUCUCAUCGCCUCCGUCAUCGGAGCGCUGCAGAUCACCAUUAUCACCCUGGUGGUGCUGUGUGUCACAAGGAAGAGCCCUGGGAAGAAGAGGAAGUCUGUCCAGAAGCAGAGUGGGGCUCUGUACGAUACAGAUAGCACGCUCCGCACUGCUACUCUUCACAUCUGACACACCACAUUAACAGUUGAAGUCGGAAGUUUACAUACACCUUACAUACGCCAAAUACAUUUAAACUCUGUUUUUCACAAUUCCUGACAUUUAAUCCGAGUAAAAGUUCCCUGUCUUAGGUCAGUUAGGAUCACCACUUUAUUUUAAGAAUGUGAAAUGUCAGAAUAAUAGUAGAGAAUGAUUUCUUUCAGCUUUUAUUUCUUUCAUCACAUUCCCAGCGGGUCAGAAGUUUACAUGUACUCAAUUAGUAUUUGUUAGCAUUGCCUUUAAAUUGUUUAACUUGGGUCAAAUGUUUUGGGUAGCCUUCCACAAGCUUUCCACAAUAAGUUGGGUGAAUUUUGGCCCUUCCUCCUGACAGAGCUGGUGCAACCUGAAGAACACCAUCCCAUCCAGGAAGCACGGGGGUGGCAGCAUCAUGUUGUGGGGGUGCUUUGCUGCAGGAGGAACUGGUGCACUUCACAAAAUAGAUGGCAUCAUGAGGGAGAACAAUUAUGUGGAUAUAUUGAAGCAACAUCUCAAAACAUCAGUCAGGAAGUUAAAGCUUGGUCGCAAAUGGGUCUUCCAAAUGGACAAUGACCCCAAGCAUACUUCCAAAGUUGUGGCAAAAUGGCUUAAGGACAACAAAGUCAAGGUAUUGGAGUGGCCAUCACAAAGCCCUGACCUCAAUCCCAUAGAAGGUUUUGGGGCAGAACUGAAAAAGCGUGUGCGAGCAAGGAGGCCUACAAAACCUGACUCAAUUACACCAGCUCUGUCAGGAGUAAGGGUCAAAAUUCACCCAACUUAUUGUGGAAAGCUUGUGGAAGGCUACCCAAAACAUUUGACCCAAGUUAAACCAUUUAAAGGCAAUGCUACCAAAUACUAAUUGAGUAUAUGUAAACUUCAGACCCACUGGGAAUGUGAUGAAAGAAAUAAAAGCUUAAAUAAAUAAUUCUCUCUACUAUUAUUCUGACAUUUCACAUUCUUAAAAUUUAAACUUGGAUAAAAUGACAGGAAUUGUGAAAAAUGUAGUUUAAAUGUAUUUGGCUGAGGUGUAUGUAAACUUCCCACUUCAACUGUAUAUACACACAGAAAACACAGACAGCACACUCCGCACUGCUACAAGCCUCAUCUAACACAUAUGGCACAGACAGCACACUCCGCUUGUCACACACUUACCACUACCCACAAACCCCCUCUGUUCACUCAUCUAAUCCGAGCCAUCCUCUUCCAAACCUACUAAGUGUCUCAACGUGCCAAAAUGGUCCAGACCUCUUUGCAGACGCAGGACACUAUUUGACUAUAAAAGCUGUAGAGGUUCAGGAUUGAUAAUGACCCGAGGACUCACUGAAGGCAAACUGUGAGGAGGAAACAUGAUGGGACUAUUUGACUGUUAGUACUGUAAUGUAAUAUCUAUAGGCUCGGAUGGACCUCCACAUGGAAAAAUGAUGAUUAUGUUACCCUUUUUCAAUCUUGUGAAUAAAUCAUUUAUACCACC